CAUCACUGCGGGUUGUAGAAAAUUUUUUCUUCAUUAUUUCUCGUAUUUUUUCUAGUGCAAAACAUCGAUUUUGCUGCUCUUUAUUUGAAGAUAAAUUUGGUGAAAAUUACAAUUUAUUUUUAAAUAAAAAUCAGUGCAAAUCAACAGCUAAAGAUAUCAUACAGAAUAAUUACUGGACAGGAAAUAUUAAUUUAUUUAUAAAAAAAUCUAUUGGAAAAUGGAUUCUGUACCAAAUCCUGAUAUGAUGCAGCAGCAGGCCGGCUAUGCACCACGACGUCAAUAUGACCAAAUGCCUGCUAAUGUUGCUGCUAUGCCUCCAGUUAAUUUGCCAAAUGGUCAGGGACAAGCGGGUGGAGCUGUGCCAGCUGCCCCCACUAAGAUUUUGCAAAGGCCGGCUAAAGUCAAAAAGGAAAAAAUCGAUGAUUUAAUUGCUACCACCAGCAAGAUGACAAUUGAGGAAUCAUUAAAGUUGACUGAUGCAAAUGGUGUCGCUAUGAAAACACCCGUUUCAUUGCUUCAAGAACUACUUAGCCGUCGUGGCAUAACUCCCAGUUAUGAAUUGGUGCAAAUCGAGGGGGCCAUACAUGAACCCACCUUCCGUUAUCGUGUAUCAUUUAACGAUAAAGAUGUACCAUUUACAGCUAUGGGCGCUGGUCGCUCUAAAAAAGAGGCUAAACAUUCAGCUGCAAGAGCUUUAAUUGAUAAAUUAACUGGAGUACAAUUGCCGGAACCGCAAACUUCACCGGCUGGUUCGAAUGCUGCAGCUGGUAUGGAUGGUAAUGCUAAUGCUGCCGGUAGUGGGGGAGAUGGUGCCGAUAAAAUUGUUGGCAAUCCCAUUGGUUGGCUUCAAGAAAUGUGCAUGUCUCGCCGCUGGCCCCCACCAAACUAUGAAACUGAAACUGAAGUUGGUUUGCCACAUGAGCGGCUCUUUACCAUUGCUUGUACUAUACUAAAUUUCCGUGAAGUUGGCAAAGGUAAAAGCAAGAAAAUUGCCAAACGUACGGCUGCUCAUAAAAUGUGGACUCGUUUGCAGGAGACACCCAUUGAUAAUAAUCAAUUGGUUGAAACUAUGGGCACCGAUUUGGGUGGCGAUAAAUCCAAUUAUUAUGGUGAUUUGAAAGAUAUCACGGUACCAACACUUACCAGUCAACAUAGCAGUAAAGUUUCACAAUUCCAUAAGACUCUUAAGAAUUCUACUGGCAAAAAAUUAAUUAAAUUGCAGAAAACUUGCCUAAAAGAUCCCAAAAUAGAUUAUGUCAAACUUUUGGGUGAAAUUGCACAUGAAAAUCAAUUUGAGGUAACUUACGUGGACAUCGAAGAGAAGACUUUCACUGAUAAAUUUCAAUGUUUGGUACAACUAUCCACUCUACCGGUGGGUGUUUGUCAUGGUUCUGGCACUACACCAGCUGAUGCCAAAAAGAUGGCUGCACAAAAUGCUUUGGAAUAUUUGAAAAUUAUGACUAAAAAAUGAAUUCAAAGUAAUUGUGUAAAAUCACUUUAAGUUUUUACACACUGUUUGUAUUGCAGCUGUUUGAAAUGGAAAAUUGACAACAUUUCUCGAACCAACAAAAUAUGAAAUUCAAAGCAGGGUGUAGAGAAAGAUGGGUUUGUUUAUUUUUUAAAUUGUGUGUGUUUUUUUUUUUUUUUUGUAUUUGCUACUUGACUUCUGAUAAAUUUUUAUUUUUUAACUUAAAUUUUUGAAAAAAUAUUUUUUUUUUGCAUUAUUGUGUUAUUUAAAAUGAAAUAAAUAAUUAUUGAAAAUAUCAGUUAAAGAAUGAUUUAAAAGGAAUUUGGAAUUAUUAAUUAUGUUGAGAAUUAUUAUUGUUUUUUUUUCACUUUUUUUAGUUUUAAAAGCCCAUAAAAC